CCAUACAAGGGACUAGAGAGCCAGCACGCCACGUCCCCACCGCCCCCCACCGCUCCGGUCGUCCCCAAAUCUAAGCGAGACGGGGCGCAGGGAGAGGAGAGCCUAAAACCCUAACCCCCCCGAAUCGGAUCCCGCCGCCGGAGCGCCGAACCCCCGUCCCUCGGCCCGCCAUGGAGAUGGGAGGGAUGAGUGAUGCGGAGCGGCUGUUCUUCUUCGAGAUGGCCUGCAAGAACUCCGAGGCCGUGUACGAGCAGAACCCCAACGACGCCGACAACCUGACGCGAUGGGGCGGCGCGCUGCUGGAGCUGUCGCAGGUGCGGGCCGGCCCCGACGGCCUCAAGCUCCUUGAAGAUGCGGAAGCCAAGCUGGAGGAGGCACUGCAAAUUGAUCCCAACAAGUCUGAUGCACUCUGGUGCUUGGGAAAUGCUCAGACCUCUCAUGGAUUCUUCACUCCAGACACUGCAAUAGCUAAUGAGUUCUUUGCAAAGGCAACCGGGUGUUUCCAGAAGGCUGUUGAUCUGGAACCUGCAAAUGAGCUGUACAGGAAGUCUUUAGACUUGUCAACGAAGGCACCUGAACUGCAUUUGGAGAUCCAGAGGCAAAUGGUUUCUCAAGCAGCGACACAAGCAUCCUCAGCCUCAAAUCCAAGGCAAUCAAGGAAGAAGAAGAAGGAUAGUGACUUCUGGUACGAUGUUUUUGGAUGGGUGAUCCUUGGCGCUGGCAUUUUUGCUUGGGUUGGAUUGGCAAGAUCAAUGCCUCCACCGCCACCACCGGCCAGGUGAACUGAGUCGGCUGUCAAGAAUGCUUUGCAAAUGAUGGCACGCCUAUGUUAAGGUGCCUCAGAUAUGAAUCUUGCUAGGUGAUAGUUUUGUAUGGAGAGGAGAGAAUGAUGUUUCCAUACGGUUUGGUCAAAUUUUCAUGCUUGUUCCUUCUGAGAGCCUCGAGGAGGUUUCUUUUAUAAGCAGCAUAGGCUGCUGGAUAAUUUUGUACUUGUUUACCUUGAUACCGUUUCGAGGCUAAAACCAUUAUGUUGCGACAUUUAGUUUUGUUGGUUAUGAUACUGGAUGUUCUCGAAUGGCACCAUGCAUAAAGUGGCAUCACCACGAAUAAAUGUAUGUGUUUGUGUUUUGA